UGGAGUGCAUUUAGUCGUGUCUCUGGUGCGAUGUGUGUUGAUGUGACAGCGCUUUGUUGUGAUCUCGGGAAAGUGUGAUCUUUGUUGUAACUGACGAUGUUGAAGAAGGAGAAGCCGAUGAUGUCUGUGACAGCCAUAAUUCAGGGGGCACAGGCCCAGCACAACUGGAAUAGAGGUCUCAACCUAGAAAACAGUCUGACCAUCAGCUCGAUGGGGCCCCAGUCUCCCCUUGAUAUGAAACCUGACACGGCCAGUUUGCUUGGCCCUGGCAACUUCAGCCCCACUGGAGGUGGAGGGGGUGGAGGUGGACCCAACAGUCCCAACUCAUUUGGUAUUGGCCACAGCAGUGUUCUGAACAAUUCAACAAGCAGCGCACAGUCAAAAAGCCCAUCAGCAUCAUCACCUUACCCACCAAACCACCCUCUCAGUGGCUCAAAACACCUGUGCUCCAUAUGUGGGGACCGAGCCAGUGGGAAACACUAUGGGGUGUACAGCUGUGAAGGUUGCAAAGGCUUUUUCAAGAGAACAGUACGCAAGGACUUGUCAUAUGCAUGCCGAGAAGACAAGAACUGUAUAAUCGAUAAGCGCCAGCGCAACAGAUGUCAAUAUUGCCGCUACCAGAAGUGCCUUGGCAUGGGCAUGAAGAGAGAGGCCGUCCAGAGCCACCAUAAGAGACAUUGUGGAGAUGUUAGAUCAGGAGUCCUAAAUAGGCAGCUUGAAGACAGACUGCACGAAGAUGGGGACUUCUCCAGACUUGCUUCAGGACUCACAGUUCAUCUAGCUAAGGAAGAGCGUCAGCGUACCAAGGAGCGAGAUCAGAAUGAGGUGGAAUCAACUAGCAGUCUGCAUACAGACAUGCCUGUCGAGCGCAUAUUGGAGGCAGAAAAGAGGGUUGAGUGCAAGACCGAGCAUCAGGUUGAGUUUGAGUCAGCAGUGACCAACAUUUGCCAGGCAACCAAUAAGCAACUCUUCCAACUCGUCGAGUGGGCCAAGCACAUCCCACAUUUUACAUCGCUUCCUCUCCCAGACCAGGUGCUUCUGCUGCGAGCAGGUUGGAAUGAGUUGCUGAUAGCUGCUUUUUCCCAUCGCUCUGUUGAAGUUAAGGAUGGAAUUGUCUUGGCAACAGGCCUGACGGUUCAUCGUAACUCUGCACAUCAGGCUGGUGUUGGUACCAUCUUUGACCGUGUGCUUACAGAACUCGUUGCCAAGAUGCGAGAGAUGAAAAUGGACAAGACAGAACUUGGUUGCUUGCGUUCUGUUAUAUUGUUUAAUCCAGAAGUGCGUGGCCUGAAGUCCGGGCAGGAAGUAGAACUUCUUCGAGAAAAAGUGUAUGCUGCAUUGGAAGAAUACACUCGUACCACCCAUCCUGAUGAACCUGGCCGCUUUGCCAAACUGCUUCUACGUCUACCAGCACUCCGCUCUAUUGGGCUCAAGUGCCUUGAGCACCUAUUUUUCUUCCGACUGAUUGGUGACGUACCUAUUGAUGAAUUCCUCACAGAAAUGCUUGAGUCACGAUCAGAUCCUUAGAUGGUUUAUAUUUCUGUAUGGAUGUUUAAAGUUUCUGAGUCACUGUGUGAGUUAUGAGUCAUAGCAUCUUUAGUCCCUAUGCCAUUUUGAACUGACUGUGUUCAAUUUCAGAAGAGACUUUGGCAUUUUCAAAUUUUUUAAGGUGGGUGUGCAUAAUCCACAAUACAAAUUCCAUUUCUUUUUUUAAAUUUGUUACUUCUGAAGAGUUUCUGCAGGUCUUUUUUAAUGAUUUUACCUAGCCGCAUGCUUGUGUUUUAUGAUGAAAUGAAUAAUUCAGGUUCCAAAGAGUAUGAAGACAUGUCCUGGUUGCCCCCAUUAAUUCUAAGGUAUGAUCUUUCAAAAAUCUUUGCACAAUAUUUGGAAUAGGUCAGAGUUCUGGGUACAUCUUUUAAUGAGCAGCUGUUCAUAUGUGAUGAAAUAUUAAAAGCUCAGAUUUGUUGUGCAUAUGUAGAACUUGAAGGUAUAAACUUCUUGUACCUUUGAUUAUUCAGGAUUUAGCAUACACUGAAUAUAGUUAAAAGGAUAACAUAUUUUUUCCUGACACACGUGUAUUUUGUGAUAAAUUUCAUGUGCUGUUAUAUGAAUGUGUUAGGGUCUUACAAUUUUUUUAAGUUAAAACUAAAUGUCUUGAACCAAUGAACAAACAAAAUGUGAGACCAGUAAUUCUCAGCUGUGACCACAGUGAAUAACACAAGGAAAUUAGGAGUAAUCAGAUAUGGUAUGCUAUUACAUCAUAUCCUGGCCUUGAGUUUCUUCUUUUUUGCAUUCCCUGAGUACACUGUAUGUAAAAAAAUUGAUUUUACAUAUCCACCUGCUACAUGGCAGGUACAAAAUUAAUUCUGAGUUCAUUAUGCUUGGUAGUGUAAAUAUGCCUGUUCUGGUUUGGAAUGCUUAUUUUCACUGCUGUGUCCUCCCCCCACCUUUUUUUUACUGAACAUUAAGUAGCCACACUAAGAAGUAAGCUCUAAUAAAAAUAAUCCAGCUUAAAUCACCCUUCUGAUUUAUUACACCACUUGCUAUUAACUCUUUGACUGGUGCGAAGUGUAUUUAAAUCCCACCCCUGUCCUGGCAGGCCCUUUAAACCUUAUGUCGC